UCACUUUCGCACAAGCUUUUGCUUUUCACUCCUGACACCUCAAACGGGCAACCACUUCUUCAUUUCCCAUUUUCUCCUUCUUUUCCAGCUCAUCCAUGCCGAGGUACUACAACAGAGCAUCAUACCUAGACUACCUCUCAGUCCCUCUCCCUCUCUUCUUCUUCAUGCUCGUGCUCUUCCUCUUCCUGGGCUUCACCUUGUACAUCAACUACGAGUCCAUGUUCGAGGACUUCUUCCUCCAGCUCCGCCUCUUCCUCAUCCUCUCCCCUCUCCUCCUCCUCCUCCUCGUCCACUGCCUCUCCGGCGACGACCGCCGCCGCCGCCGCCUGCUCCCGUCCUCGGACGAAGACUCACUCCACCGGGCCGGCGGGACUCCUUGGGGAGUCGGGCUGCUGCUUGUGUUACUUCUCUUCAUGGUCGCUCACCACACCUCUUUCCACGAACGUUGGUACCCUGUGUUGAACAGAUAGAUAAUUAAUUAAUCAAGAAGAUGGGAUGCAAUCGCAGCCGUUCAUCAUGGAUGUGAUCGGACGGUCGGCCUGACCUAGCAUUAGUGGGUUUUAUGGGGGGGUAAAAAGGGUAUUAUGGAAUGAUUAAGGGGUAUAGUGGGUUUUGAUGUUGUGUAUGUUUAUGUACUUGUGGAUUUUGACUUUAGUCAUUUAUAAUAUAUGAUACGAUCAUAAUAACAACAAAA